UUCUAAUAGAAGGUUCUACUGAAUAUUGCUGAAACGAAAAAUGCCAGAGUAUUUUAUGGACAGUCGUGCGAUAGACUUUGAAGAAAAAUGGAAUUUCUUGGAUAUCGAUACUAUAAACUGUAUCGGCUUUCUUUAUUAUCACUUAGUUUGUGGCCAUAUGGCAAAUCACUCCUUAAACAAAUCCAUGCGAUUUUUUGUAUCUUUCUACUUAUAUCUGCAACAGUCACUCAGUUGUUAAAACUAUUUACAAUGGAAUAUGAUCUUGAACUUAUAUUGACUAUUUUAUCAUUCGCUAUUCCUUCUGCGAUUUAUCUUGUGAAAUAUAUUGCUUUUUACACACAAUCUCAAAAGAUUAGAGAAUUAAUGGAACAAGUUCAAAAUGAUUGGAAUGCAUUAAAAGAUGAGCAGGAAGUCGAAAUAAUAAGAAAAUACACUCAGUCUGGAAGAAAACACCUAUAUGCAUUCGCGGGCCUAGUGUAUCCUGGUACUAUUGGUUUCUUAUUAACGCCGUUUUUGCCGGACAUUCUUGAUGUUAUAGCGCCGUUAAACGAAUCCCGUACGCGACAUCUUCCAUAUUUGGCGGAGUAUUUUCUCGAUCAACAAAAAUAUUUUUACCCGCUCUUAUUGCAUGCAAAUAUAACACUCAUCAUAGGAAUUGUCACUGUCAUAAGCACGGAGACUUUAUUCUUUGCAUAUGUAUAUCAUAUUUGUGGCAUGUUCGAAAUAGCUGGUUAUCGUAUAGAGCAUGCGUUGGAUGAGAGUAUGUCAAUAUUGUCUACAUUGAAUAAGGAAAAUGCAAUUCGUACGAAAAUAAUUAAUGCUAUAGAGAUUCAUCAGAGAGCCAUCGAGUUUUUUGAAUGCGUGUCAUCUACAUUUGCAUUAUCUUAUUUUAUUCUAAUUAUUCUGGGUGUAGCUUCCUUGAGUGUCAAUUUAUUUCGCCUUUUUCAAGUUGCUGUUGCUAUAUCAGAUGAAAAGGAAAGCUUUAUAUCAUUCAUGAUAUUUGUAGUUGGUCACUUUUAUUAUAUGUUUAUAUGUAAUUACAUGGGACAGAAAAUUAUAGACAACAGUACGGGAAUUUGUAGGAAAACAUAUGAUACGCAGUGGUACACAGCGCCUGUGCAAAUACAAAAAUUAUUAUUGUUCAUGAUGAAGAAAAGUAUAAAUUCUUGCAAAUUCGUUAUGGGCGGCAUUUACUCAGUGUCAUUGGAAAAUUUUACUACGCUUGCGAGUAUGUCACUAUCAUACUUCACGGUAAUUUAUUCCGUUCAACAAUGAAAUCCAGUGAAAAGAGAAAGAAGUUAGCAGUCGGUAGUGCUUUCUAUUCGAAGAGAUAAUAUAUAUAUCAAGACCGAAUCGAAUUAAUUCGAGAUCGAUAU